AUAUUUUGAACUUCCUCCCGGCUAAAGAAACCCUAAGUACAUUCUCGGCCUACAAUCAAGCAAAGGAAAGGGAAAUGCCGCCCAAGUUCGACCCGUCUCAAGUCGUCGAUGUCUUCGUGCGGGUCACUGGCGGCGAAGUCGGCGCAGCCAGUUCACUCGCGCCGAAGAUCGGGCCACUUGGUCUCUCCCCGAAGAAGGUAGGAGAAGAUAUAGCUAAGGAGACGGCUAAGGAAUGGAAGGGUCUGCGUGUCACUGUCAAGCUCACUGUGCAGAACCGUCAAGCUAAGGUAUCGGUGGUUCCGUCGGCGGCUGCGCUGGUUAUCAAGGCGUUGAAGGAGCCAGAGAGGGACCGUAAGAAGACGAAGAACAUCAAGCACAAUGGAAACAUCUCGCUUGAUGACGUGAUCGAGAUCGCUAAGAUCAUGCGCCAUAGAUCCAUGGCUAAGGAUCUAAGUGGCACAGUCAAGGAGAUCCUUGGCACCUGCGUGUCCGUUGGAUGCACUGUGGAUGGAAAGGACCCUAAGGACUUGCAGCAGGAGAUCAAUGAUGGCGAUGUUGAGAUUCCCUUAGAGUAAGAGGAAUAGAGGAAAGAAGGUUCCAUCAUUGUUUUUGUUUACUUUCUACUGGUUUAUUUCAAGUGGUUGUUUGGUAUAAUUGAACAUUCCUGGAAAUUUUUGAGCUUUUCUUUUAGAUUCAGUUUAGUUUUGUCUAUUCAAACUUCAAUGAAGUUCUUAGAUGACAAAUAGAAUGGUUUACUCCCAUAGCAA